AUGGUAUUGCUUGCAACGAGCCAAAUCCGUACUGGACUGGACUGGACUGGACUGGGGCACAAUCACGAGCUCCAACGAGCCACAUCAAAAUUAGCCACUCAAUCAACUCCCAGUUUUGGCUCUUGCCUGGCUUCGGUUUCGCCGCUUUCCGAUCGUUCUUCCAAGAGCAGUCAUAAAAGUGAUCAGAUUGUUGAGAUGUUAGGGAGUCCUCAGCAUCUGAAGAUAUCAGCUAGAUGGGACCCGCAUGAAGCGUGCAGGCCUUUAAUUGAUGAAGCACCUGUAUUUUAUCCAACCGUUGAGGAAUUUGAAGAUACACUUGGGUACAUAGCUAAGAUUCGUCUUCAAGCAGAAGCUUAUGGUAUAUGCCGGAUUGUCCCUCCGCCUUCUUGGAAUCCACCAUGCGUUCUCAAGGAGAAAUGCAUAUGGGAAAAUGACAAAUUUUCUACUCGUAUUCAGCAACUUGAUUUGCUACAAAAUAGGGAGCCCAUGAAAAAGAAGAGUAGAGGUAGAAAACGCAAGCGAAGGAAGCAGUCAAGAGCAGGGACAUCAGUUAGAAACACCAAUCUUGGUGUAGAAGCAAACCCUUCUUCUGGGUCUGAUAAAAAAUUUGGAUUCAAUUCUGGACCAGACUUCACACUCAAGGAAUUCCAGGCAUAUGCAGACUACUUUAAGGAAUGUUAUUUUGGAAUUAAGCAGGCUCAAGAGGAUUUAAAUUUUGAUAUCAAAUCUAGCCAGAGAAGGGAGCCUUCUGUGGAGGAUAUUGAGGGUGAGUACUGGCGGAUAGUUGAAAAGUCUACAGAUGAGGUCGAGGUUUACUAUGGAGCUGAUAUAGAAUCAGGAACGUUCGCCAGUGGCUUUCCCAAGGCCUCAUCGAUGGUAACUGAAGGAAUUUCAGAUCCAUAUGUAAAGUCUGGUUGGAAUCUGAAUAACUUCCCUCGCUUGCCAGGUUCUGUUCUGUGUUUUGAGGAAAGUGAUAUAUCUGGAGUUCUAGUUCCAUGGCUGUAUGUCGGAAUGUUCUUUUCAUCAUUUUGUUGGCAUGUUGAAGACCACCAUCUUUACUCUUUAAACUAUAUGCACUGGGGCGAUCCAAAAGUAUGGUAUGGAGUUCCUGGAAGCUACGCACCUUCUUUAGAAGCUGCAAUGAAAAAACAUUUGCCUGACUUAUUUGAAGAACACCCAGAUUUACUUCAUGACUUGGUCACUCAAUUAUCUCCUUCAAUACUCAAAUCUGAAGGAGUACCUGUGUAUCGAGUGGUCCAAAAUUCCAGGGAGUUUGUUCUUACGUUUCCAAGGGCAUAUCACGCAGGAUUUAAUUGUGGUUUCAACUGUGCUGAGGCUGUGAACGUGGCACCGGUGGACUGGUUGAUUCAUGGGCAAAAUGCUAUCGAACUUUAUAGUGCACAACGACAUAGGACAUCGCUUUCACAUGAUAAAUUGUUAAUUGGAUCAGCUCGGGAAGCUGCCCAGGCCCUUUGGGAGCUAUUAGUUCUUGAAAAGAGAACACCAAGUAAUCAGAGUUGGAUAAGUGUGUGUGGAAAAGAUGGAGAUCUUACAAAAGUGAUCAAGACAAGGGUGAAGAUGGAGGAGGAAAGAAUGAAUUGCCUUCCAACUCUUAUGAAGGUGCAAAAGAUGGAAAACGAGAUUGAUUGCAAAAGCGAGAGAGAGUGUUAUGCCUGCUUCUACGACUUAUAUCUCUCUUCAACUUCGUGCAAGUGUUCCCCCGAUCGAUUCUCAUGCCUUAAGCAUGCUAGUAACUUUUGUUCAUGUCCAGUAGACGACAGGUGCGUGCUCUUUCGCUACAGUAUAAACGAGCUGCACACACUUGUUGGAGCAUUAGAAGGGGGAUUAGAUGCCAUUAAAGAAUGGGCCUCGAGAUACUGUGAAAUGGGAAACGACAAUGGAACUGUAGCUAAGGUAAUUGGAAAUUCAUCUUGGUCUCCAGAAAUAAUAGCUUUAAUGCAUUGUAAAUGGAAACGUAGAGUUUGGUGUUUGAAGAAAAGGACGUUUGUAAAGCAGCACAUGAAGAAAAAGAUACCGCCAAGUUCUUGGAAUUUGGUUCCUUUUGUUGAACCUACAAAUAUUGGAACAAUUAUGCUUGGAAAGCUGCACCGCCAGAAAGCCAUAUUUCCAAAAGGUUUUAGAAGCCGAGAGAAAUUCUUUAGUGUGCUUAAUCCAACUAAUAUUGUUACCUGCAGGUCAGAUGUUUUCGAUCAUGGCCUCCUGGGACCUCUAUUCAAGGUGAGCUUGGAAGAAUCUCCCAGUGAAAGUGGAUUGCUUUUUACAAGUGGAUCAUCAGGUAUAUCAUUGAGUACCCACCAAGGCUAACUAACUGGAGAACAGCCAAGUAUGAAAAUCUGGGAAGCAGAUGAAAAGAUAAUGAUGAUGAUGAUAUAGUCCAGAAUUUAUACUCACUAUGAACAGUCAUGGAAGAACUUCUCAGCUUGCUUGAAGUGGUGGUCGUAAAGGUAAACAAUGAUGACACUAAGAUAUGCCUGGAAAUAACAAAUAUAGUAUUUGCAGUAAGUUUCAAUUCUAGAUAGAUAUUAGCAGUUUAACUCUUUGCUUUCAUUUAUGUAAAUUUUUUUAACAAUAAACGAACUUUUGGUUGAUAAUAGACAUUCAUUGACUCCUGUAAAUUACCUGAUAAAUGCAACAGUAAAUCUAAAAAUGAUAGAAA